GCAGCAACAAGCCAGUCACAGGCUCAGUCAGAGCAACAGCAAGUAGAUCAAGAUCUUUCUACCAGUAAAGCACAAUGAGUAGUAAAGUUACUCUCACUGUUCUCAUUCUCUUCGUACUGUGUGCUUCAUCCACAGACGCUGCGUCAAUCGGAAGAACAGGAUUGAGUCUACGCUGUCAGUGUAUAAAAACAACCUCCAAGUUCAUCCAUCCAAUGCACAUGAAUAAUAUCGAAAUCAUCCCAAGUGGGCCACACUGUGAGAAUACAGAAAUUAUUGCCAGCCUUAAAAACAAGGAUCGUGUGUGUCUGAAUCCUACAGCUCCUUGGUUGAAGAAAGUCCUUAGCAAGAUGAUGAAAAAAUCCAAGUAGUUGGGUUGACCUCGCUGAAGAGAAGCUCAACUCUAAAUAUUAAUAGAUUAAUAGCCACUUUUGGGGAUCUGGCUGCUGUUGAUUGGUGUGGAGUCAUCAUAGGCAGCAAGGCUUAACUUGGCUUUCACUGUUGAAAAUUGUUCAGCGAUUUAAUGAUUUUAACACCUUAAACAUAGGAAUGUGAAUAUUUCCAUGUUUAAUUGCCAAAGUACCGAAGUAACCUGACAACAAGUGAGAUAUUGAGAUGAAGUAACAGAUGACUUGAUCAAUGGCUCUUUUUGUUAAUUAUUAAUUGUUACUCAAACAGGAUUCUCAUCAUUUGCUGCCAGGUAGCAAUGUUAGAGAAUAUAGUUACUCAAUGGUAUAUUGUUCAGUAUGACAAAUUGUCAGUAAUGUGCUUGUUCUUUGAAUGCUGUGCUAUUUCUAUUAUAUUAUCCAGAGAUAUGGUUGGUUUUGUAUUCAUUUAUUAGUUCCAAGAAUUAUUAUUAACAAACAUAUUAAUAAUUAAAAUGUAUAUAUGCAAGUUAUGUAAUUUUUUUGAAUUAGAAUUGUCCUGAUGCAUUUUUCCUUAAUUUAUCUGCAUAUUAUAGUAAUUGAAGAAUGUAAAUUUUGGGGCUAAUAUUGUCUU